GGAUGAAGAUAUGGAAACCACCCCUUCAAUCGACGUGGAUUUUGGACAUGUCCGGUAAUCGACGGUCAGAUUUGUCAAUUAAGGAUGAAAUUGGACCGUCCGAUUGCAGCGAAAAUUGGAUGGAAUUUGCAUUCAAUUUGCAUCCUUUUUUUAUAUAUAUAAUAGAUUUUCGAUAACGCCAUAACACACAGCGGGACUGCAAAAUUUUUAGUCAGCCUCGAAAAUAUCCAUUGAAGGAUAAACAAUAUUUAGUCAGCCGGCCGAUUAUAUCCCAAUUUUUUUCAGGGCCUCAACCUCAAAUGGCGGUAAAAAAUCCCAAUCACUUCUUCGGAUUUGAGCCCAAAAGGGAUACAUAUGUAUUUACUGUGAGGCCUCAACACCAGAGAGUAUGCCAAUAUCAAUAAGGUACGGGUAAUUGUUUAUCGCACCAUUGCACACUACAAAUACCAUCAGCAGAUUGAAAGGAUUAUGGCAUUUGAUAUUGAAUUGGGAGAAGGCAUCAGCGAGAAUGAUACUCUAUAUGAUGAAAAUUUUUAACAAUUGUGUAAAAUAUUCAUUUCUUUAUUCUCAUAACCAAGGAAAAUAUCAAACAAGUUAUGCUGUUUAUUCACAACCAUAUCAUGCUUUCACCAUGCAUGCUUUAGUGCCUAAAUUAAUUUCACAUAUAUGUGUUAGGACAAGGAAGCAAAAAGGUCACAUAAGUGGAAUAGUUUUCUUAACAGCCAAGAAUUAUCUGUUCAACAACUUCAUUGCCAAGAGGUCUGCAAGACUGAUGAUUCUGAAACAAGAAACCAUAUAAGUGCCUGCGAUAAUGUGGUCGGUGAGACUGGUGAUUUAUAUAGAGAGAAGCCACUUCCUGACAUUCAUACAAAAAAUCUUCUUGAGAAAGAGACGUCAACUGUCAUACAAUCAAAACCCAGGGAGGUGAAGACAUGGACUGACAUUAGAUCAUCUCUUUCUGCUAUUGAAACUAUGAUGGCAUUUCGUGUGAAGAACAAAAACUAUGUGAAAGACAUGAAGUUAGCAUCUUCUCAUGAUCAACUUCUGCCAAUUGGGGAGUCAAAACCUCUGAGGGAAGAAUAUGAGGACAAGAAUGAUGAAAGCAAUAGUGUGAUAUUGGAUGACAGUUCAAGGUCAGCUGCUAAAGGAUGUACUCCAGGUGAUAGAGGUCAAGUAGAACCUUCUAUGCCUUGGAAGGAUGAACUUGAGCAACUUGUUCAUAGAGGAGUACGUACUAAGAGAUCUCCGGGGAGAUGUGCUUUUGUCAUUUUGUGACAAGUCUAUAGUUAUAAGGGUUUUUAUAAAAUUUAUCUCUAACAUUAAGAUGGUAUGAAACAAUUUAGGUUUGGCAAGCCUUUGUGGGUGUCAAGGCACGCCGGGUUGAGAGAUAUUACCAGGACUUGACCAUCACUGAAAAUGAUGUUGGUCCUUGCCCGAAGAAUGACACACCAUUGAUAGACAACAAUAGCAAGGGAUCCAAUAGCUGAUGUGUUAGAAAAAUGUAGGUAGCAGAUUGAGAAGGUCGUUAGAUGCAUGAGCCCUGGAAUUUAUCGUACAAUCUUUUUAAUUUGUAGGUGAUACUUCUUUUUAGGAUCCAUGGUGGUCAUUAAAGAAUGCUACUCAUUGCUUUGCAAUUUGCAUUAUCGUGCUUUACAAUUAUAUGCUUCCAAUGUUCUAAUAUUCCAAAAUGGUCAGUUAUCCCAAUGGAGGUGGUUUUACUCAGUUGCAUUAAAAGAGUGAGGCUAGUUUGUACACACUCACUGUCAAGUGGUCAAGAAACCCUUCUGUUUCAUUAUUAGCAUCUGUUCCAUGUCUCGCAGGAUCUGCCUCGGACUUUUCCCGGACAUCCUGCAUUGAAUGAGAAUGGACGAAAUUCCCUAAGGCGCUUACUUCUGGCCCGACACAACCCAUCAGUUGGGUAUUGCCAGGUAAUUUUUAGCUUAGUUUUUCAAUUCAAACUCUGCAGGAUUUUUUUGGAUUUUUAAAAGUCAGUGGGGCCAAAAUUCCUUACACAAAAAUCAGGGAAUAUCUCCUCUUAAACCCCACAGUUCCCCACCUUUGACCAUUGUACUAAAGGCCGAACAACACCCCAGAAUAAGCUAAAGGAAAUCUUCUUCCUAAGUCGUGAAUUCACUCCACUAAAAGAAGAUAAUAAAUAAGACAUUGUUCCUGAUUUUUGAGAGUGAAAUAUAGGAAGCUUCAUUGUGUAUUUCCCUUCCCUUUGCUAUGUAUAUAUACGGCCCUAUGGCCUUUGUAAUCACCAUCUUAUGUUUGAAUAAGAAAAAACCUUUGUUUACUCUUUGAAUAGCAAUUUAAAAUAGUGUGAUACUAUUUUAGCCCAAAUUCCUAAUUCUAUAUCUUAAGAGUGGUUCUCUUAAGUGUGAGUUUUAGGUUCUAGUUAUUUAAUUGAGUGUGUAAUAUCUUGAUUAAAUACUAGAGUUUAACCCCAAGUUAAUCUAGAGGUGAGUUUACCCUUUAGUAUUAAUUUGGCUCCAAAUUAAGAUAAGAGUGUGUUUAUCUCUUAUUCCUAAUUUGGAAUUUAUCCCAUCAUUUCUAAAUCCACCUUUCUCUCCUGAUUUUCCACUCUUCUUCAUAAUACUUAAAACCCAAAAAGAACUCCUGCCACAUCUCCAUAAUUUCGUCCAACCCAUUUCCCUUCAAUAUUCCACAAUUCCAUCUCUAAAAAAAGCAACUUGAUCAUA